UUAGACCACAAAGCCUACCUCACGAUAAUCUUAUAAUAACUGCGUCAUGGGAAAACAAAAAGACAUUUCGGAGAAACUGGCAGAGACCUUCCAGAUCCGACAUGUGCUCCUCCGCCAGGCCCUGGCAGAGUGCCUGGGAACCCUGAUUCUGGUGAUGUUUGGUUGUGGUGCGGUGGCACAGUUCGUGCUGAGCAGAGGAUCUCACGGCACGUUCCUCACCGUCAACUUUGCUUUUGGUUUCGCCGCAACUUUGGGCAUCGUCGUGAGUGGACAGAUCUCAGGUGGUCAUCUGAACCCGGCGGUGACCUUCACGCUGUGUUUACUUGGAAGAGAGCCUUGGAGGAAGUUCCCGUUGUUCUUUUUCUUCCAGACUCUCGGAGCCUUCGUGGGUGCAGCGAUUAUAUUCGCCUUGUAUUUUGAUGCAUUAUGGGACUUCAACCAGGGGGAGCUGAUCGUGGUGGGGACCAACGCCACGGCGGGGAUUUUUGCCACAUAUCCGUCCAAACACGUCACCAUGGUUAAUGGAUUCUUUGACCAGAUUAUUGGAACGGCUGCAUUGAUCGUGUGUAUCCUGGCCAUAGUUGAUCCGCACAACAAUGCAGUCCCCAGAGGUCUGGAGCCCUUCGCUGUAGGCUUUGUGGUCUUAGCCAUCGGCCUGUCGAUGGGCUUCAACUCUGGCUAUGCUGUCAACCCGGCGAGGGACCUGGGACCACGUAUCUUCACCGCUCUUGCAGGCUGGGGUGGAGAGGUUUUCACAGCAAACACCUACUGGUUUUUUGUGCCCAUCUGUGCCCCCUUCUUGGGCGCAUUGGUGGGUGUGCUGAUGUACCAGCUAAUGAUUGGAUAUCAUCUAGAAAGAGAAGUGCAAGAAAAGCUGAAGAAGGAGGAGGAGGAGGAGGAGGAGGAGAGGCUCAAACUUUCCAGUAUUCCAACCAAUGAAGAUGCAUAAGUGCAGUCGAAUUUAUUUUUACAGCUAUGUCGCACUAGAUAUUAUUCCUGCCUAACAACUAUAUUGUUUAGUUUCACAUAUCACCUUAACUAACAUCAUUUUUUUUUUAGAUAUAACACAUCGGUAAUCACUCAACAGUUUCCCAGAAAAAUAUGGCACAAGUUUUCUGAAUUCAUUUCACUUAACUCCAGUGAGCUCUUUUCAUUUCAGCUUGAAGCACAAAAGUGUUUCCUUCAUGCGGCGUGUCUGACAAAACAAAUAUAUCAGCUCACGCAGAAAAGAAAAGAAAUAAAAAAAAAAGACAGUUUAAGUCGAAGAGUUAUUUGAAAGGUGUCUUGUUUAUUUCCGUCUAAGGUGGAAGAAACCUUUAAAUCGCCUUUCUCUACUGCAGUUUCUUUUAUUUGUAGAAGUAAACAGUGUAGAAUGACACCUCUGGCGUAUUUUAUAAAUCAACCAAAUAUUAAAAAUGUUACAGAUUAGGUGGAACCUGGAAAAUCAGAUAAUAGUGUCUAAAACUAGUGUCUAUUUUUGAAAGUGUUAUCUGAUGUUUACCUUAUUAAAAACUCUC